UCUGUUGAGUCGGAGAGGAACUGAGACACUGAUUCAUUCACCUACCCUUCUCUCUCUUUCUCACCAGCCGCCUCUUCUUCCUCUCGCAUAUUCCGCCGAUCAAAAAAGCACUCUUUUUUCGAAUCCUUCUUCUCAAUACCCUCCAAAGGCUCAAUAUUUUUGUUCUUAUUCGUAGCCCCCAUCAUCGGAAAAAGCUGAAAAAGGGGUCUUUAAAAGGUUCUGAUUGAUGGGUGGGAGAGGGAUUAAGCUCUUCGAUGAAGAAAGAAAUGGUCUUUUCUCAAUUUCCAAUUUUGGGUCUCAAUGGGGUGGUGGUGGUGGUGGUGUUCAUGACCCUGUGGCUGCGGGUUUGUUGUUUGCAAGCAUGAGUCAGGUGGGGGUGGGGUUCGGUGUUCAGGAACCGAACCCUUCUUCUGAUUCGCCGCACAAUGGUGGCAUGAGGAUCCCGUGCACCGAGUUGUACGUGACUUACGUGCAAUCGGAGGGGAAGGUGAAGAUUCUGGGGGUUCCUGAGGAAGAGGUGGUGGAAAAUAACAAAAAGGGUGUCUUUAAGGGGUUGAAGAUCAAGGUGAAGAACCCUUCGCUUAGGAGGUUGGUGAGUGGUGCCUUUGCUGGGGCAGUGUCACGCACCACUGUGGCACCCUUGGAGACCAUAAGGACUCAUUUGAUGGUUGGAAGCAGUGGCAAUUCCACUGUUGAGGUGUUCGGGAAUAUCAUGAAGACUGAUGGCUGGAAGGGGUUGUUUAGGGGCAAUUUCGUCAAUGUCAUUCGGGUUGCACCUAGCAAGGCCAUUGAGCUAUUUGCUUAUGAUACUGUUAACAAGAACCUCUCACCAAAGCCGGGGGAACAGCCUAAACUCCCUAUUCCUGCAUCAUUGAUAGCGGGUGCUUGUGCUGGAGUUAGUUCAACUAUUUGCACUUAUCCUCUAGAGUUAGUAAAGACCCGACUAACUAUCCAGAGGGGUGUUUAUAAUGGUUUACUAGAUGCAUUCAUGAAAAUAGUCAAAGAAGAGGGUGCUGGAGAGCUUUACAGAGGCCUUACUCCGAGUCUGAUUGGAGUGAUUCCAUAUGCUGCCACCAACUACUUUGCCUAUGACACUUUGAGGAAAGCAUACAGAAAAGUUUUUAAAACGGAGAAGAUUGGCAACAUAGAAACCCUUUUGAUAGGAUCAGCAGCAGGUGCUAUUUCAAGUUCUGCAACCUUUCCACUUGAAGUGGCUCGCAAGCACAUGCAAGUGGGAGCCCUCAGUGGAAGGCAAGUUUACAAAAAUGUGAUUCAUGCCCUUGCAAGCAUUCUUGAGCAAGAAGGGAUCCAAGGAUUGUAUAAAGGGUUGGGACCUAGCUGCAUGAAGUUGGUGCCAGCUGCAGGAAUCUCUUUCAUGUGCUAUGAAGCAUGCAAGAGGAUAUUGGUAGAGAACGAUGAUGAGGAGUAGGAUGAGGUAGAGUAGAAUUGGAUCUGAUAGGAAGAAUUGCUUUCUUCAGUUUUGAAUCUUUGCUUAAAUUAUUUUGGACUUCUUUUUUAUUACUGGAAUUUUUUCAUCCUAUAGUUACUUUGAUAAGCAAUUGAAAUGGAAUAAUGUUCUUUGGUUUUUCUUAA